GCUGGGUAGUAGCACCCACCAUUGACCAAGUCUAAGCGCCUGCAGCGGGAUUUGCAGUCAGCUACUAUGAUUGCACCAAAGCUCGAUACAAGCCAGACCACAGCGGUGGGCAGCCUGCCCACCAUAAAGGCAGAUAUGAAGGAUUCGGAAACACUUACUUUGAUCCUCCUGCCCUCUGAGCUACUAAUAGAAAUUCUUCGUCAUGUAGAUGGUCAAUCUAUCUCGCGGUGUUCCUCUGUCUGCCGCAAAUUGAACAGGGUGAUUGACUCCUCUACAGAGCUCCAGUAUCAUAUCGAGCUUGCUCUCGACUGCAUGCUCGAUGGCCCUCGGAGCACCGUCACCGUUGCAGAGCGUCUGGAACAACUUCGGACCCUUCGUCGUGCGUGGACCUUGUUUGAGUGGAAGAAAGAGGUUCAGGUUCCCAUGCAUGGAGGGGUAUUUGCGAAGACAUCCUCUCCAGCAGGCAUUCACAAUCAAUCCGGUCCACGGAAAUUCAUUUCCUCCUGGUUGCCAUCCUCGUCGGAUCCUGGACACACGCUGGUUCGGAAAGACAUAGGAAUCUCAACGAGAGACUUCGCUAUCGACCCAUCGCAAGAUCUUAUCGCUCUUGUGCAAUGUGAUGACGACUUCGUGAAUAAUUCUAGUUAUACGGACGUGCACAUACGCACAAUCUCCUCCAACGUCAAGCACCCCGAAGCAUCAUCUCCUGUUAUUCGCACCCUCACCCAAUCCACGAUGACCAGUGCAUUCAUACAAAUCGUGGACGAUGUGAUUGGGAUGAUGUUUUGGAUGGAAUUUGAAAAUCCUCGCAUCACAAUCUGGAACUGGAAGACGGGACAAAUACUUGUCGAUCGCGACGGCGACGACUUGCCCAGUCAUAUCAGCGACUUUUCCUUCAUCUCGAACCGUGCGUACAUGAUCACGAUCCGGACAGACGGGGGCUCGAUCCAAGUUUUUACAUUUGGGGAAAAGCAACACGAGAUCGUCCAUGUCGCGAGCCUAUCACUGCCUCCCAUGAAGUCUACCCAUUUGGUACACUGCACGAUUCAUACCGGUCCUUUUGUUGCAAGGUGUCUUCCGAACACGCCAUUCUGGACCAAUCAGGAGGAGCGGAUGUAUGUUCUAUCCGUGCAAUAUGUCCAGGUGGACAUGAAUGUCCCUAGCGCCAGGCCGAGAUUUUUUCUCUUCUUUAAGAAUAACACUCCCCUCAGAUACAUACGGAAAUACCGUGAACAAGGAGAAACAAACCCCUUGGAGGUGCCUUGGGAGGAGUGGGGCCCGCGCGAGAGCCGCAUGCUCCAUCAUCAAGUUCCAUAUCAGUGGCUAAGAUACGUCCAUGGUUAUCGAGUAGUCUUUCCGCUACAAUCCGGCAACAUGCAAGUGUUAGACUUCAAUGUACGCAAAACCAAGCGGCAUGUCUUCCCUCAGCAGCCGGACUCCAAAGCGAGUAUAGAGGUCAUUGAUUAUCCCUCGAUCAUCUUGUCGGACGGCAUUUUCUCGGGACCUGUUGAGACAAGCUUACCCUAUCGCGUUUGUCGAAGGGAUGAGCUUAAAGGUUUUUCGGGCGUGAUGAUCGAUGAACAAAGGUUGAUUGGUUUGAAGAGCCCCUCGUUCGCUGAUGGCGAUAUUAAGGACCUAUAUGUUUUCGUGUUUUGACUGCUGUCGAGCGUUAUACGCUGUGUUGUUUUGGUGCUGUUCACGAGAUAUUAGUGUUAUUCAUAAAUAUCAAUUCAUUAAACACGUAAAAGACUGUAUGGGAUGGGAUGAUCGCUCAAUAGAUGAAAUUUCAUGAAUCUCUUA